AUGGGGCAUUCGAAAACGUUCCAAUCAUGUACGAUCACUUCCGGAUUUCUUUGCAAAUUUGACGAUGCUUUGAUCAGCGAUCUGGAAAGUGCAUUUAGUGAAGAUGAAGCUUCACGACGUGUCCUGGCACAACAAAUUCGAAUGGCCUGUAUGAACGUUGGAUUUUUCUAUGUCAAGAACCAUGGCAUAACUCAGGACUUUCUUGACGAAGUCCUGAAAGUAAACAAGGAAUACUACUCGCUUCCAGAUGAUGAAAAGAUGAAACUCCAUCAUAAAACUGUACCGAAUUUCAAAGGCUACAGCCCUCCGAUGGAAGCAAACAUCCAACCAGGGAACAAAGGUGACUUACAUGAGGGUUUCCGCAUCGGCUGGGAAGAAAAAUCCGAGGAUCCAGUGACCCAAAGUGCUUCUUGCGAUGGAGUGAUGGCAGGCGCGAAUGUCUGGCCGGAUAAACCUGAGAAUUUUAGAGUCGCCUGCAUGGAUUAUUAUCACGCUGCACUUGCCGUUGGAAAGAAGCUGUUUUGCCUCUUUGCACUGGCGCUCGAUCUGCCCGAAACAUACUUCAAUGACAAGGUACGUACCUGGACGGCACGGCGUGGUUAG